AUGGAAGCAUUCGGUUUCCCUAACCCGCGGAUGGACGUGGAAUCAUCCAGCCUACCUGAUGAGUGGCGGCGAUUCAAACAACAUGCCAAGCUAAUUUUCACGGGCACGCUCAAAAGAAAAAUGGAGGAGGAAAAAUGCAGUUUUCUCCUGCUGUGGAUCGGGGACAAAGAAAGGGACAUAAGUAAUACUUGGGCAUUAACGGAGGACGAUGCUAAAGCGUUAAAGACGUACUACCACGGUUUCUCAGCAUUCCUCACGCUGAAAGCUAACCCCAUCUUUGCCAGGUACAAAUUCCGCGGGAAGACGCAGGGGAGUGGUGAGUCAUUCGAGCACUCUAAAGAGCUCACAAUGCCUGUUAAAGACUGUGGCUAUGCAAAUAGUGAAGAGAUGGUCAGGGGCGGCAUAGUAUUCACUACCGGUUUAGCACAAGUGCAGCUAAAGGCUAUGGCUAAUGAGAGCCACGAAGUUCACGCAGUGCACCAGAUCAGCCGUGUCCGGAAGGACAUGUACAAUGACACACUGAACGGGAGCACAGAGAGUAGGAGCAGCGAACUCCCCGAUGCCAUCGGACCAGUCGUCCAGCUACAGGAGAAACUCUACGUACCCGUCAAAGAGUACCCUGAUUUUAACUUUGUAGGGCGAAUCCUAGGUCCACGGGGUCUGACGGCCAAACAGCUGGAGGCAGAGACAGGCUGUAAGAUCAUGGUCCGUGGGAAAGGAUCCAUGAGAGACAAGAAGAAGGAGGAACAGAAUCGAGGAAAGCCAAACUGGGAGCAUCUCAAUGAGGACCUCCAUGUGCUGAUCACAGUGGAAGAUGCUCAGAACCGGGCUGAAGUCAAACUCAAACGGGCUGUCGAGGAGGUCAACAAGCUCCUGAUCCCAGCGGCAGAGGGAGAGGACAGCCUGAAGAAGAUGCAGCUGAUGGAACUCGCCAUCCUAAACGGAACAUACCGCGAUGCAAACAUCAAGUCACCCGCCCUCGCCUUCUCUCUUGCCACGACCGCUCAGGCUCCACGUGUCAUCACAGGCCCCGCCCCCGUCCUGCCCCCUGCCGCCCUACGCACACCCGCCCCCGCUGGCCCAGCCAUCAUGCCCCUCAUCCGGCAGAUCCAGACCGUCAUGCCUAACGGCGCGCCGCACCCGGGCGCCACCGCCACGCUACUACCGCAGGGCCCUGAGUCUGGUCUAAUUUACGCAACGCCAUACGACUACCCCUACGCCUUGGCGCCUGCUGCCUCCAUUCUGGAGUAUCCUCUGGACUCCAGUGGGGUGUUAGUUCCUUCAUUGUGCAUCCCAUCAGCGGCUGGUGCCCUGGCCACUAAAGUUCGAAGGCAUGAAAUGCGCGUCCAUCCUUACCAAAGGGUGGUGACCGCAGACCGAGGUUAGUUCGGCCACAUGCAUUCUGUUUUGACAUGGCUGGCUUUCCUAAAAGCACUUCGCACACUGACAAAGUACACUGACAUGCACACCAACACCCUGAUCACUGGGACUGAAGCGUUCAAGACAAUGUUCUGAUCAAAGUCUUUGACAUGGUGAUUUUUCACAUACCUGGUUGAACAUCGAUUCUUCUCUGAGAUGACCUAAAAAUAUUAUUUCACAACCAACUAACAAAGGUCAUCGCCUCUGGUGACCUUUCCCCAUCCGCCAAGCAAAACCAGACCAAGACAAAAAUUUGACGGAUGCUUAUUUGACCUUCGCCUGAUAAAGAUAACCAGAUUAAGGUGUCUGUGUGACAGUUUCUAGAGUCAGAGUAAUGCUUUUAUCUGUGUCUGGCUGUAUUUCUUGGUGUGCAUAUGAGAAGACCCAGUGAUGGAUGGAGGUGGUUUUUAGAAAGCUGGCCCUGCUGACUUGGUUGGUGUUGUGUCAAAAAGUGUGUCUUAAGCUAAUCUGACACCCAGACAUUCCUACAAAACGCCACAUGCUGGGAUUUCCCGGGAAAUGGAAAGGUUGAUGUUAGUCUGUGUGUUUUCUGAAUGAUCCCGAUAGAAUAACAGCGCUUUGACUAAUUAGAGUGAAAAAGCCCCCGCGUCCCGUCGGCCAUGUCUGAAAUAGAGAUCCUGCUAUUUUCUCCUCCAUUAUUUUGAGGACGUUAUGGACCCUCUAUGAUGUUUAUGACAAAUAAUGGACCAGCCCUCUUAGAUCAACAUGAUGUCCUGUUUUUAUCUCCCGAUCUGCCCCGAAACUAUGUCACGUUUUGGUUUUAAGUUGUUUUUACGUCUUAAAAAUCCUCACGUUCUCCUUGGUUCUCUGUGGAAAAAGUUCCAGUUAGCUCUUAAGUGUUUGUCCAGAAGUAUUUAUUUCUCUUCAGAGUCAA